AGAGAGAGAUGAAUAGGGCCCUGGUGAUUAGGAGCAGUGCCUGGGAGGGGGCAGAGGUAGGGGUAUUUGCUGGUUUUUGGUCAAGCUGUACUCUGUAGAGAUUUUGUUGAAAGCAGGCAGUGCAGUCUCCUGUAGUGCUCUCUCCAACACCUAGCCAAGAACAACAGCUACUACUUGUGCCUGAAGAUAUUUUUGUAGAUGGUUUGGGUUUGAAAAGGUACUCGAUGGAGAAAUUCCAGGCCGCAAUGCUCCUGGGUGCGGUAGGAGACUCUUUAGGAUACCGCAAAGGCCGCUGGGAAAGCUGCAUGUCAGGGUCUAAGAUACAGAAAGAGCUCACGGAGCUUGGGGGACUGGCAGCCCUAAAACUGGAUCCAGAAAACUGGCCUCUGAGUGAUGGAGCUCUGAUGCACAUGACCACAGCGGAGGCCCUUAUAUCAGAUUACUGGUGUCUGGAAGACUUGUACAGAGAGGUUGUGCGGCUCUUCGUGGCAGCUAUGGUGUCCCUUCAAGGUCGAACUCCUGACCCAAGCACAGUAGAAGCUUGUUCCUACAUCAAACCUGAUAACUACCUGCUGGCCUGGCACACACCAUUCAAUGAAAAAGGUUCAGGUUUUGGAGCUGCCACGAAGGCUAUGUGUGUGGGUAUGCGCUACUGGCAGCCUGAAAGACUGGAAACCCUAGUGGAAGUGAGCAUCGAAAUAGGCCGGAUGACCCACAACCACCCCAUAGGGUUUUUGGGAUCUGUUUGUACUGCCCUGUUUGCCUCAUAUGCAGUCCAAGGCAAACCGGUGGUGACCUGGGGCCGUGAUCUCAUGAAGGUGAUCCCUAAGGCUGAGGAUUACUGCAGGAAGACCAUACGCCACAUAGCAGAGUACCAGGAGAAAUGGUUUUACUUUGAAGCCAAGUGGCAGUUCUAUUUGCAGGAGAGAGAGAUCGAGGAGGAGGGACAGAACAAGCCUCUUUUCCCUAAUACAUAUGACGCAGAUGAGACAGAUAAGGUUUACAAGAGCUGGAGCUCUGAAGGCCGAGGAGGACACAGGGGCCACGAUGCACCUAUGAUCGCCUAUGAUGCUCUGCUGGCUGCGGGAUCAGACUGGAGCGAGCUCUGCAAACGGGCCAUGUUUCAUGGAGGAGAGAGCAGCGCUACAGGUCUGAUUGCUGGCUGUCUCUAUGGUCUGCUUUACGGAUUGAACCAAGUGCCUCAAGGACUGUACCAAAACCUUGAAAAGCGGGAGAAACUCGAAGAGCUUGGAGCCAAACUGUAUCACAUGGCAUCCGCAGAAAAGUAUAUAGAGAAGUAACACUCACCUCCUUGUUCACACAGGGAGUUCACACAGCUCCCAAGCUGCACAGCUACACACCCCUCCUGUACCUCCUCUCAGCAUAUAACCAUAAGGGCCGCUAAUUUCCUCUAAGAACAGAUGCAAAUGAAUUGAAGCUGUUUUUUCAAAGGUUUUGCUUUUUCAGUGUCAAAGUAUAUGUAACUUACAACAGCAACAACACCUUACGACUGUUUGACCCAAGAGACUUUUAUGUAGUUUGGCCAGGAGCUUUGCUAAUUCAUGAUGUCUGGUCAAAUUAUAGUAAAAAGUACUCUGUGCAUGUUCUGGUGCAUGUAUAUUAUGUAAAUUAAAAAAAAUCUUA